CGAGCAGGGGCAGGCCCGUCUCUCCUUCGUUUGUUGUCUGGGUCCUGCCCCUCUCCUUCCCUCCCUCCUCUUUCGGUGGUCGCGAAGUGUCCGUCCUGUCGCGCCGCCCUGCUGAAAUUGCCUCCGCAGCAACAACUCGAAGAAGAAGAAGAAGAAGAAGAAGAAGAAAAAGGGAGAGGGAGAGGGAGGGAGGGAUGGCGCUGUGGAUGGAGAAAGACUCCGAACCCACUACCGAGAGCGAGAAGGCCGACUUAGAAGCCAUCGCUGCCCUCAAAGAGGCCGCUGCCAUCGAGCUCAAGGAGCAAGGCAACCAGUUUGUCAAGAUGGGUAAGAAGCACUACGCGGAUGCCGUCGGCUGCUACACAAGGGCCAUCAAUCAGAAAGUUUUGAGCGACUCAGAUAACUCCACUCUCUUUGCGAACCGUGCCCAUGUCAAUUUGCUCCUUGGAAAUUAUAGGCGUGCCCUUACAGAUGCCGAGGAAGCAAUCAGACUAUGCCCGUCUAAUUUGAAGGCAUACUAUCGGGCAGCCAAAGCCGCUUUCUCCUUAAACCUGUUGGUUGAAGCAGCAUCACACUGCGAAAGGGGACUCGAGAGGUUCCCCUCUAAUGAAGAGCUUAACAAGUUACGAGCACAAGUUGAUACACAGAAGAAAAAACAGGAAUAUCGGAAUGCCAAAGUUUCAAAGGCGCUUGCUGCAGCUAAGGACCUUGCUUCUGCUGUAGAAAAGAGGGGACUGAAACUCGGGAAGGCAAUGUAUCAGGAAUUAACUGGGUUAAGAAAACCAAUAUUGGAUGAAAGCGGUAUACUUCACUGGCCAGUGCUGCUUCUUUAUGCAGAGGUCAUGUCAAGUGAUUUCAUCGAGGAUUUCUGCGAAACCGACAUGUUUUCACUCCAUCUUGAUGUGAUGUUUUCAGCAAGUUCUCUGCCAUUACCAUGGGACAGCUACCACAAUUACACAAGGGAAGCUGUGGAGUUGUACUAUCAGGCUGGUAUUGGCACUCUUUUGUCCAAAAAAGAAGUUCUCAAGCAUCUCCUUGAGGGGACUGUGGAUUCACUUGCAGGUAACUUUUUUGAAGAGAAAGAUGCAGAAAAUGAUGUCGACAACGGAAUUUCCUCAACAAGCAGCAUCUACGGUAAGUGGAUCAAGGUGGAUGAGAAAAAGACUCUCCUAGAUGUCUUGCAGCAUACAGAAUAUAUCAUUCCAACAAUACCAGUGUUUUUUGUUGUUUCAAAGAAAUCUAGUUUCUACAAGGAGUUCAAAGCUGGAAAGUGGUCUCCACCAUAAUACUUAUGCUGUGUACCGACAUGAGAUGCAAUAUCAUAUGGCUUGUAAAAACUUCUCCAAGUUUGUAGCUGUAAAGCUUGCUGUGAUUAUCAUCAAUGGUUAGGAUAUACGCUGAAGGAAGGCUCCUCUAAAUAGUUAGACAGGAGGUAUCACGCCUUUUUCAUUUUAAAGACGAGGUGUACUAUGAGUCUAUGACGGAAUAACCCUUGGAUGAGAAGCUCUUCAUAGAAAUACUUUGUAGCAUAAUUGCAUUAAGAACAUGUUUAGUGUGAUUGCAUUUUA